AUGAGAAAUCAACAACAAGCAAGCAAUUGUUACUCUUCCGAGAAUCAUGGCAGUAAUAACAUUAGUUGUGUUGGUGUUGGUGGUGACAAUAUUGGAUUUGCAACACCAUCGUCAGCAAUGUCAGCACAAUCAACAUUGCAACAAUUACUUUUAAAUACAGUUGCUGCUCAACAACAAAAAAACCCAUUCCUUAUGAAUUCAUCAUCAAUGGGUAUAUGUUCUUCUACUCCUCUUUCGACAUCAUCUGUAUCAUCUUCCAAUAAUAAUAAUACGAAUGCUACCAAUGUUGGUAGUGCCAAUGGAAAUUGUGCGAAUUUAUUUAGUAACUUGCUUGAUUCCACCACCACAAACAUCACCAAAAACAUUCCUAUGAAUAAUAACAGUAAUACUAUUACAUCUCAGAAUACAGAUAAUAAUAUAUCAUCAUCAACAACAACAUCUUUUUAUAAUCCUACUACAGUUAAUAAUAACAAUUUAAAUUCCUUGCUAAAUAAUCCGAAUUUUACUUUAAAUUCAUUACUUCUUCAACAAUUACAACAAUCAAAUGUCGAUAUAUUAAAUAGUAGUAAUAAUAAUAAUAAUAAUACUUCGUAUUUAGCCUCUUCUCCUCCUUCUUCAAAUUCCUUUCAAUUCAUCAAUCAACAAACUAGCUUUAAUAAUCAAAUUAAUAGUUCGGAUCUAGGCUUUCUAUCAACAAGUACUAGCAGUAAUAGUAGUAGUAGUAAUAGUAAUUUAACGCCCUCUCCUACUAAUCUUUCAUUAAGACAUUCACCUCCCUUUUCCUCACCAAAUAAUGUAAACUCCAUCAAUAAUAAUAAUAUGAAUAAUAAUAAUAAUAUAUUAAAUGAAAAUCAGAAUAAUACUAUUAAUGCAACUACUAGUAGUAUUACUCUUAAUCAUCCAACAAGUACAUCUACGACUACUACCAACAAUAACACACCAUCCAAAGCAAGUAAAAAGAAUCUAACAACAAGUUCUACUAGUUUUAAUCCAUACCCUGUGACAACAAAAUCAACGAAUGAAAAUUCCUCAAAUGGAAAACAGUUAAUGUUUAUUGAAGAAAAUGGAAAGUCAAGAGUUUCUUCUUCUCUGUUACAAUCAAAUUCAGAUCAGUUUGAAAUUAGUUGUACGAGUUGUAGAGCCAAACAUCGAAAAUGUUCGAAAGAAUUACCUGCUUGUUCUUACUGUUUAGCUAGAGGAAUAACUUGUAUAUAUAGAAAACCAAAGAAGAAGGGAAGACAAGGAAAACAACAAGUUGGAGAUUUAUCUCAACAACCAUUUGAUUUACAAUCGAAUACAUUUUUAGAUAUGCAGUCAUCUUUUGAAAUGAAUCCUCAAAUAGUUAAUAAUUUUAAUGAACCGAAUAAUAUGUUUACAAUGAUGGGAAAUCAAACAAUUCCUUCAACUUUGGAUAAUAAUUUUAUACCAUUUCAUCAGCAAAAUCAGCAAGAAUUAUUACAACAACACGAAUUCCAAAAUGCUAGCUCUAUUGAAUCAUUUGAUCCUAAUAAUUGGAUAAAUCAAAUUAGAUCUUCUCUCCAAACAAACGAUAAUAGUAAUGAUAUUAACAUGUUACAUUCACUGUUAACUUCUGAUUCAAUUAAUAAUAUUUUCUCACUAACUAAUUUGAUGGAAAAUAAUCCAUUACAAAAUCAAUCAACAACUAAUUCAACAACAAAUCAACAACAACAGCAACAACAUAAUUAUUCUAUUAAUGAUCUUACAGAUGAGUUAAUGAAACGACUUACAUUGGAAGAUUAUUGUAAAUCUACUAGUUUCCCUGUUAUAGAUAAGAGUGAAUUUUCUUCUCUGUUGCACAGUGAAAAGAGAACUCUAGAAGCAACAGCUUUAUUAUACAGUAUUCAUGCUUUAAUGUGUCAACGUAAGGGUUUAAAACAUGAAGCAGCGUCAGCUUGUAAUCAAGCUAGAAAUAUUUUAUCUAGAGUAUUCGAUAAGAAUAAUGAUUUCUUAAUUGCAUGUGCAUAUUGUAAUCUUUCAGUGUAUAGUUCAGGUGAAGGUAAUUUAGCUGAAGCAAAAUUCUAUCUGAAAUUUGUAGAUUAUUACUUUGAAAAUGAAUCUACUUCAGAAACCAAUAAUGUAGUUCAUGUAAAUAAUUUCAAUUUGAAAAUGCUUAAAACUGUUGCUGAAAUGUCAGCAGGUAUUGCAGCACAAGAUGUGGAUAGUAAUCCUCUAGGAAUUGAUUCUGAAAAGAAGGAAAUUGGAAAUUUAUUAAUUGGAUUUUACAAACUUUGUACUGGAGAAAAGAAAGCACCUCAACCUCUUCUUGACAUUGUUUCUAAAACUGUUACAGGUGACACUUUAAAAUUGUACAUGACUUUAUUAGAAUUGGUUUCAAAACUAUUCUAUCAACAUGAAAUGGAAAGAAAUUUAAGUAAUGAACACAGUGAAAUAUCUCAACGUGUUAUAAAUUCUUUCAUUCACGGAACAAGAGUUUUAAUUUUACAAGAAUGUGGAAUUUCUAGUGGAUCUAUUAUUGAAGAAUCAGCCAAUAGACUUAUUAAUAUUUCAUGUGAAGAUAAUUAUGGAACUGCCUAUUCUGUUUUGUUGUGUGCAAUUGCUGCAGCUUGUAGAGUACAUCUUAAAAUUGUUAGAGAUAUAAAGAAGGGUAUAAGAAUGAAUAAUGGUGAGGAUGGAGUUGAUUAUUUUGAAAUGAUUAAGAAAGGUCUAAAAGCACUCACUCUAUUCAGUACAAGAUAUGGACGUGUUACCAAAUUAUAUCGAUCACUCAUUAUUGAACUUCAAGAAGUUGAAAGAGAACACAGCGGUUUUAAACUCUGUCUCUUGGCAACCAAAGAAAUUGAAAGAUUGAAAUUGAAAAAACUUUCACCAACUAUGGAUGUUCCAUCACUAUUAUCCAAAGAUGAUAUUCUAAGUAUUUAUUAUCUAGUUUCUCCAGAACAAUAA